ACAUUGCAUAAUGUACAGACUAAACCAAUCAUAGUAAAACGUUUUAUUUUGGCUAGAUUAAAACCGCACCUCCUCCAAUUGGAUAACAUGGGCGGAGGGUAAAGGCCUGCGUUAGGCAGCUGUCUCCACCCCGGAUAUACCCACUUUUCCCCCGGCACAUACACGUACAUUAGGGCCGCCACGGCUACACUUUUCUUGUUCAUGGUUCGAAUCUGCGAGAGAAGGAUGAAGUUUUUGGUUGCGGUCACGGUCAUCGUUGGGUCGGUGAUAUUUCUGCUCUUCCCGAGCGGAUCAGACGCUGACGAGAAACAGAAGGGCCCAAAAGUCACGGCCAAGGUUUAUUUCGACAUCAGAAUUGGAGAUGAGGAUGUUGGCCGAAUUGUCAUUGGGUUGUUUGGGAAAACGGUACCCAAGACAGUUGAGAACUUCAUUACACUAGCAACUGGAGAGAAAGGAUUUGGCUACAAAAGCAGCAAGUUCCACAGAGUUAUCAAGGAUUUCAUGAUCCAGGGUGGUGACUUCACCAGAGGAGAUGGCACUGGCGGCAAGAGCAUCUAUGGAGAUCGCUUCCCUGAUGAGAACUUCAAGCUGAAGCACUACGGACCUUACUGGCUGAGCAUGGCCAACGCUGGCAAGGACACCAACGGCUCCCAGUUCUUUAUCACCACCAUUCAGACACCUUGGUUGGAUGGCAAGCACGUGGUUUUCGGCAAAAUUCUGGAAGGCACGGAUGUGGUGAAGAAGAUCGAGGGCACAAAGACAGACGGCCGGGACAAGCCCCUCAAAGACGUGUCCAUCCACGACUGUGGCAAGAUUGAAGUGGAGAAACCCUUCGCGAUUGCCAAGGAGUAAAAACAAGUCAACUUUAUUAAAUGGGGGAGCAGGACUGUGGGGUGUAGGUAGACCAUUGAAUUUUCUGUUUUGUUUACCACUGGGGUCCUGUAGUGGGGCUCCUGCACGGGUUGUCCUGGUAGCAGAAGCUGCCCAUUGAAGUUAAGUGCCAGAUCAAAGCAAAGGCAUACUGGGUCCAUUUCCAAACAGGCAUUCCAGUAUGGUUGUCGUGCAGCUGAUACCUGCUCAUUUUGUAAAGGAUACAUCAAUAAAGGAUCCAGGUUUUGUUAA